UUCGCUCGAAUGAAGUGGUUUUUUUAAACUUUUUUACACUUCGCUACGUGUCCCCGGGACAUGCGGCAGGUGAACUCGAAAUUCUUUGAAUGUAAAAACAGAGGAAAAUGGAUUUCCGAUGAGAGACGAGUGCCAGUGGUUAUAUAAUUCAUCAGUGGGAGAUGGUUUUUUAAUUGUUCCACUCAUUGAUCUAUUGAUGACCCCGGAAUGAGCGAGACUGAGGCAGACGGUGAGGGAAAAUUGGCCCUGGGCAUCGACCUGGGGACGACGUCGGUCAAGGUGGUUGUGUACGCCAGGAACAGGGGGGAGAUUAUUGCGAAACAGUCGAAGGAUACGCAGGCCAAUGUGCCCAGUGACUUGGGGAUUGAUGGGAACAAGCAGGAUGUACCGAAAAUUUUGUCUGCUGUGCACAGCUGCGUCUCCAGGCUGCCUAAGGAUUUAUUACGACAGGUGACGACAAUUGGUGUCUGUGGCCAGAUGCACGGAGUCACCCUCUGGAAAUGCCAACCCCCACCCCACGAUAACGAAAAAACUUUCAAACUCGAGAUAGACAAGACCCAGGUAUCGCACCUCUACACCUGGCAGGACAGCCGUUGUGACAGUAAUUUUCUGAAGAGCCUUCCCCCCUCCUCCAGCCAUCUGCCGAUUCACCCGGGCUACGGGUGUGCCACCCUCUUCUGGUUCGCCCGGAAUAAACCUGAAAAACUGGCUAAAUACAACAGAUGCGGUACGGUUCAAGAUCUGAUGGUGAAUUUACUCUGUGGGACUGAGGAUGUGGCCAUGAGCUAUCAGAAUGCAGCGAGUUUUGGGUAUUUUCUGACGGAGGAGGGGAGGUUCGAGGUGGAGGCCAUGGAGAAGGCGAAUUUCCCAGUGGAACUGCUGCCCAAGAGGAUCCUCAGAGCUGGGGAAACCGCUGGGCACCUGGGGCACACGUGGUUCGGCGUCCCUGCGGGGGUGCCCAUUGGCGUCGCCCUCGGGGACCUCCAGUGCUCGGUCUUCGCACUUCUCAAGGGCCAGGACGAGGCUGUCAUGAACAUCUCCACCUCGGCACAACUGACUUAUGUGCAUCCGGACUUCAGGGGGGAGGCUGGGGACUCUGGCAGCAUCGAGUACUUUCCGUACUUUGGUGGGGAGUACUUGGCUGUUGCUGCUUCCCUCAAUGGGGGAAACACUCUGGCUAGCUUCGUGAAAAUGCUGCAGCAGUGGACCAUGGACCUGGGGUUCUCGGUUCCUCAAUCGAGAGUUUGGGAGAAGUUGAUUUCCCUCGGUCAGGAGGACUCGGCAGUCAGUUCUAUGAGGAUUGAGCCUCUUCUCCUGGGUGAACGUCAUGAUCCUCACAAGACAGCUAGUGUCACAGGAAUCAGUCUUGAUACACUCCACCUGGGGACCGUCUUCAGGUCCCUGUGCUCUGGAGUCAUUCAAAAUCUCCAUAGCAUGAUGUCUCAAGAGAUCCUCAAGAAAAAGGGAAUAAAGAAGAUUGUGGGGAAUGGCUCGGGCCUAGUGCGCAAUCCAGUCCUUCAGAAAGAGGUUCAGCACUGGUACAAGCUUCCCCUUGAGCUUGGACAUUCUGGAGAUGCCGCACUGGGCGCAGCUAUCGCCGGAGUUGCCUCUGAAUAAUCUCAACAAUUUAAACCUCAUCCCCUCAAAUGACCAAUUUAUGAUGAUAAACCUUUCCAUUUACCUAGUACAAUAAUUAUUGUUAAUUAAUCGAGGAAUAUGAGAACCAAUAAAUUAUUAUAUUGCA